CAGAUAAUAGCAUCGCCAGUCGAAGAAAACAACCUAUGAUUUUAAAGAAUACAGCAGAACACGUGCUGUAUAAUCAUAAUGACUUACACAUAUACAGCAGAUAAUGCUAUAUACAGCAUCACGAAUUAAAAAGAAGACUGCGCCAAGAUUUAAUUCAUUGGAGUAUCUAAAGAAAGCAAUUCGCAAAAUUGUUUAACUACUUAAAAUGUAAACUGUGUCUGAAAAGCAAAAUGUUUUAUCAGUUAAAAGAGGAAUAUAAAUGUUGAAUAUACUUAAAAAUAGCACCUUCUUUUACACAUUAUCUAAAAUUUAACUGUGUAGUUAGGAUUACUUGUUUUAUAAUUAUUGAACGUUUUAAAUUAUCGACUCUAAGAUCUUGGAAUAUACCUAGACGGUUUUCAAUUAUGAAUAAAACGAAUUUAUUGUUGUCCUUAAUGAACAACACGACUAUGUCUUUGCAAAGCAAUACCAAUGCAAAUGUGUUGACGUGCGUUUCGCAAGCCAUAUGCGAUAGUUUGCUUAAAAAGACCAUGGACGUUCACAUCUACCCGAUCAUAUGUGCGUUCCUGUACGUCAUUUUAGGAUUUGUUGGGAAUUCAACAGUAAUAUACAUCUACUUAACCAAGUGGAAAAAGAACAAGACGCGUGUAUUUAUUCUUUGCUUAGGAAUACUCGAUUGGUUGAACUGUACAUUUUCCGUUCCCUUAGAAAUUGCUAUAUUGAUGAAACAAUUGUCCUUUGACCAUCAUAUCCUUUGCAAGGUCAGUCGCGGUCUUACGUAUGCUAUUAACAACACGGGAGCACUUGUUCUAGUGUCAAUUGCAGUUGAACGUUUUCUGGUUGUCCAUUACCCAUUGAAGAGUCGACAGUUAACACCGCGAUUUGCCAAGACAUUGUGUCUGAUUUCAUUUGUAGUGGCUUCGGCCGUCGUUUGGCCUGCAUUUGUCUUUUACGGCACACAUACCUUGAUCAUACCUAUAAGUUUGCCAAAGGGCAACGUGAACAUUAUAGGAAAAACAUGUCUCAUAGCGGAUGAACACGAAAUUAGAAAAGGCUUAAUUUUGAUUUUUACGACAAUUUUGUUUGGUCUUCUGAUUCUGAUUUUCAUUAUUCUUUCCACACUUUACAUCGCAAUCGGACGAACAAUAUACAUAGCAACAUGUACUGAAGUCGGCGAAGACGCAGCAAGUUCAGGCAGAAUGAUGAGAAAGAGCAUACUAUCUGCUAUUACCGGUGUAACAAAGAAAAAAGAUAUCGCUCAAUUGAAGCAAAUUUCGUCUAAUAACAAACACUUUGGAUCUAAAAUACAAAGCAAGGACAUUGAAUAUAUCAUGUAUGCACAUACAGAGACGAAUACAACUUCUUCUGGUAACAGAAAACCCAUAUUCGAUUACGUUCCAGAAGAAUUUGAGAACAUGUCUACCAAAAGUGCCUCUCUACCGGAAAUUUAUUCAAUGACAAUAAACAAUACUGUAAGAAACUAUCGCCCAAGUUCAAUGAAACCUACUAGCCCUAGAUCACUAAUCAGUAGACCAUUAGAGCGAAAAUCCUUUUCGACUGUAAAAACAAGGGCAACACGGAAUAACACUAUCAUGAUGAGAAUGGUAACGAUUGCAUUCAUGCUGUCAUACGCACCGUUCUUGGUCAUUUUGAUUAUUCGCUACACACACGAUUCUUACUCAUUCAAAUAUUACCAAUCUCUCGGAUUCUCUGAAAAAGUGGCUUAUAGAGUUUUCCUGAAUUCCUAUUUCAUUAACAGUAUGAUUAACCCAUAUAUUUAUGGUUUCAUUAAUGUGCAGUUUCGGAAACAUGUUAAGAAUCUUUUCCGAAAUAUAUUCUGUAGUGAGUGUAUAUGUAAACGAAAUGCAUGUCGUACUGCUGAAUCAGCAUCAAUUGUUUAAUUUUGUUAAGAAAAAAAAUAAUUGUGUACCAAAUCAACAAAUUAUGAAAAACUGGAGGUUAAUAAAACUUAUUUAUUAUUAAAUAUUGUUCUUCAUAUUAGUUGUUCUAGAAUUAAUGCAUUCGUUGUUGCUUGAUAUUGAUAUUCACAUAACAUUCAGUCUAUGUUUCGAGUUUGACUGCGCAAAGAUCAAAUGUUGGUUUAUGGACGUGAAAUGUUAUAUGAUACUUUUAAAACACUUUUCUACGAUAUAAUAUUGACAUACCGCGUAAUCCUGUUGUAACCUUAUGUUGAAACGUGUUAUAUAUACUUAUUACAAUAUCGGUUGUUAAAGUACAAUAAAUAAUAUCAUUUUGUGAACAAACAACAUGCAACACUA